AUGGAGUCCCUAUUCAAGAACAAGACCUGGAAGCUAGUGGACAGAGUUGCGACUCAGAGACCUAUCGGUUGCAGAUGGAUCUUCACAAGGAAAGCGGGUAUCGUGGGAGUGGAGAAUCCGAGAUUCAAAGCAAGAUUGGUGGCCAAAGGAUACUCUCAGAAAGAAGGAAUUGACUAUCAAGAGAUCUUCUCACCGGUUGUGAAGCAUGUGUCAGUCCGUUUCCUUCUUUCAAUGGUGGUUCAUUUCAACAUGGAGCUUCAACAGAUGGACGUGAAGACGGCGUUUCUCCAUGGUUACUUGGAUGAGACGAUCUAUAUGGAGCAACCAGAGGGUUAUGAGGAUGAGAGAUAUCCAGACAAGGUCUGCCUACUUCAAAGAUCAUUAUACGGGCUUAAACAGUCACCUCGUCAAUGGAACACGAGGUUUGACAGUUUUAUGCAGUCUCAUAAGUAUGUGAGGAGUGAGUAUGACAGCUGUGUAUACUUCAAGGAACUACGGAGGAAUGAGUAUGUUUAUCUUCUCCUCUAUGUCGAUGACAUACUCAUUGCCUCAGAAGAUAAGAAGUAUGUGGAGGAGCUCAAGGCUCUACUUAGUUCGGAGUUUGAAUGA